CCAUUUUCAACAUUUCAAACAAAAAUGGGAAGCUCUUGAGUCUUGACCAAAAAAAAAAACAGAAAUGGGAAGCUUGGGAGGGGUAUAACUGAAAGUAAGUCCAAGAAGCCUUCUUCCAUCUCACUCCUUCCACUUCACCUCUUCAACGGGCUGUCGGUGGUCCGUCGCCUUCAACCUCCGUCUCUUCACUAUCUGCUAAUCACAGCUCACAUCCUCUCUCUCGCCCACUACAUUACAUCGUACACACAUGCCAUCUGUCUUUUUCUGUCCAAAGAUCAUCUUCUUUCCCGAUUCCCCAUUUAUAUGACUCCUCUUUGAUUUAUUCUCUUGUCUGCUGCGGAUUUCUUUCAAUGCUCUAACCCACCCGACAAUACCCUCUCUUCUCAGGUAUCUCUCGCCUUGUCUACUAUGAUCUUUCUGCCCCUUCACGGAAUCUGUGAGGUUCAACAAAUUCACAUUUCAUUUUAUCUGAUCUCAAUGUACUCUACUAGUUUGAGCUAAGAUCUAUGUGUAGUAGAAUACACGACGUUUUUUCCAAUUGUUAGAAAAGGUGCGAUCUUUGAGGUUGAUCUGAUCGCGUUUCAUGUUUUCUUUAGGAAUUGUAUUUAGUCGUAGUACUCAAUUGUUAGUCAGUUACAUAGUUUUUUUUAGUUGAUCUGUUUCUACCUUCCUAGCAUCGGAUAGGUAAACUUCAUUUUCAUAAAUAGAAGGGUCUUUGACUUUGGGUAUUUAUUGUGUUUAUCAUUUCUGCUGCUGUUCAGAAAGCUGGUAGCUCUCGCAAAAAAAAAAAGAAAAAAAAAAGAAAGCUGGUAGCUGAAGUGAAGAUCUUGAAUCACAGUAAAACUGGCGGCAACACUAAGUUGGAGGUAUGCUGCCAGCAGUGGCAGCAGCCUUCCCACUACUGAUCUAGGGAGAAAUGGAGAUGUUAAAUCUCAUGAUUUGGAGCCAUCAACUCCUCAUUCUUUUAUAAAAAUGAGUUCAAGAGAUCGUAGCAGCAGCAUGGAGGAUCCAGAUGGAACACUCGCAAGUGUUGCUCAAUGUAUUGAGCAGUUGCGUCAAAAUUCCUCUUCUAUGCAGGAAAAGGAGUAUUCCUUGAAGCAAUUGUUGGGGCUUAUUGAUACAAGAGAAAAUGCCUUCAGUGCUGUUGGGUCACACUCUCAGGCAGUUCCAGUGAUGGUUUCUCUACUUAGAUCAGGAUCACUUGGGGUAAAGAUUCAGGCUGCUACAGUUUUGGGCUCUCUUUGUAAGGAAAACGAAUUACGAGUAAAAGUACUUCUCGGAGGUUGUAUUCCCCCAUUGCUCGGUCUUCUCAAAUCAAGUUCAGAGGAAGGUCAGAUUUCAGCAGCAAAAACCAUUUAUGCUGUAUCUCAAGGUGGUGCAAAGGAUCAUGUAGGUUCUAAAAUAUUUUCUACUGAAGGGGUUGUCCCAGUUUUGUGGGAGAAGUUGCGGAAGGGUCUCAAAUCUGGAAACUUAGUUGAUGAUUUGGUAACCGGAGCGCUAAAAAACCUUUCUACCAGUGCUGAAGGAUUUUGGUCUGCUACAACCCAAGCUGGAGGACUAGAUAUACUUGUUAAAUUAUUAGCCACUGGACAGUCAAGUACCCUAGCAAAUGUCUGUUUUCUCCUUGCAUGUAUGAUGAUGGAAGACUCAUCUGUUUGUUCUCAACUCUUGGCUUCCGAGGCUACAACGAAACUCCUUAAACUAGUUGGACCUGGAAAUGAGGAUUCUGUCAGAGCAGAAGCCGCAGGAGCUCUCAAAUCUCUUUCUUCCCAGUGCAAAGAGGCCAGAAGAGAGAUAGCAAAGUCAAAUGGUAUACCCAUUUUAAUAAAUGCCACAAUAGCCCCUUCAAAAGAAUUCAUGCAGGGUGAGUAUGCUCAGGCUUUGCAGGAGAAUGCAAUGUGUGCUCUUGCAAAUAUUUCAGGUGGCUUGUCAUAUGUCAUAUCAAGCCUUGGCCAAAGCCUCGACUCUUGUACCUCACCAGCACAGGCUGCCGACACAUUAGGGGCUUUGGCUUCUGCUCUCAUGAUAUAUGAUAGCAAAGCAGAAGAUUCAAGAGCCUCAGAUCCUUUGGAGGUGGAGCAGACACUGAUUAAACAAUUUAGACCCCGCUUGCCGUUUCUGGUGCAAGAACGUACCAUAGAAGCCCUUGCUAGUUUGUAUGGAAAUGCCAUACUCUGUAGUAACAGACUUACAAACUCUGAUGCAAAACGCUUGUUGGUUGGCCUGAUCACAAUGGCGACCAAUGAUGUUCAGGAUGAAUUGAUUAAGUCCCUUUUAAUUCUUUGUAAAAACGAGGGUAGUUUAUGGCAUGCACUUCAAGGUCGUGAGGGUAUUCAACUAUUGAUUUCACUUCUUGGUCUUUCUUCGGAGCAGCAACAGGAGUGUUCUGUCGCUUUGCUUUGCCUCCUUUCUUCUGAAAAUGAUGAAAGUAAAUGGGCAAUAACAGCAGCUGGAGGAAUACCUCCACUCGUUCAGAUUCUAGAGACUGGAUCUGCCAAGGCUAAGGAGCAUUCUGCAACGAUUCUUGGAAACCUCUGUAACCACAGUGAGGAUAUACGGGCAUGUGUUGAGAGUGCUGAUGCUGUUUCUGCUUUACUAUGGCUUCUGAAGAAUGGGAGCUCCAACGGUAAAGAAAUUGCUGCUAAGACAUUGCAUCAUUUGAUUCACAAAUCGGAUACUGCAACUAUUAGCCAACUCACAGCGUUAUUAACCAGUGAUCUUCCUGAGUCCAAAGUUUACGUUUUAGAUGCAUUAAAGAGUUUGCUUUCUGUGGUCCUUCUCAGUGACAUGUUACGUGAAGGCAGUGCAGCAAAUGAUGCAAUUGAGACAGUGAUCAAGAGUUUAAGCUCUACCAGGGAAGAGACUCAGGCAAAGUGUGCAUCAGUUCUUGCUGGAAUCUUUGAUCUGAGGAAGGACUUGCGGGAGAGUAGCCUCGCGAUCAGGACUCUUUUGUCAGUUAUGAAGCUUCUAAAUGAUGAAUCUGAAAGCAUAUUAGCGGAGGCUUCCCGCUGCCUUUCAGCAAUAUUUCUCUCAAUCAGAGAGAACCAUGAUGUGGCUUUGGUUGGUAGAGAUGUUUUCCCGUCAAUAAUGGCACUUUCGAAGCAUUCAGCUUUGCAAGUUGUAGAGCAAGCAACAUCUGCCUUGGCCAAUCUUCUUCUGGAUGGUGAAAUUUUGCAGAAUGCUGUUCCUGAAGCAAUAAUCUUACCAGCCACUAGAGUUCUCUGUGAGGGUUCAACUGAUGGACAGACCCAUGCUGCUGCUGCAAUUGCUCGACUAUUGCAAUCUUGUCAGACUAAUUCUGCCUUAACUGACUUUGUCAAUCGUACAGGGACAUUUCUGGCUUUAGUUUCUUUUCUGGAAUCCACCAACAGUGGAUCUAAUAAUGCUAUGUCAGAAGCAUUAGAUGCACUUUGUUUUCUUUCUAGGUUGGAAGGGGAUACUGAGAAUAUUAAACCCGCAUGGGCAGUGCUUGCUGAGCGACCGGACAGCAUUUCAGUAGUCUCAUCAUGCAUUGCCAAUGCUGGCCCACUUUUGCAAGACAAAACUAUAGAAAUAUUAUCAUGGCUCUGUCAAGCUCAGCCAGCUUUUCUAGGAGACGCAAUUGCUUGUGCUUCCAGGUGUAUUUCUUCAAUUGCAAGAAGGGUGAUCGAUUCUACAACUGUAAGAGCCAAAAUUGGAGGAACUGCUCUGCUCGUUUGCACUGCAAAAGUUAAACAUCAAAGGUUUGUUGAAGCUUUAAACGAAUCACAUUCAUGUGUUCCCCUCAUUAAAACUCUUGUUGGGCUUCUGAGCUCUUUGAAGUCUUCCGAGCUGACAGAUCAGGACCACAAUGUUGCUAUAAACAUAUCUACAAGUGCUGAAGAGGAUCCAGUGAAGGGGAGAAUUACUUCAGUUUUAUACGGCCCCACUAUUGCUACAUGGCUUCUUUGUGCCCUUGCUAGCUAUGAUGACAAAAACAAAAAUGAGAUCAUGGAAGCUGGUGCAGUUGAAGUUCUUACUGAUAAAAUCUCUGGAUUUCCUUUCCAUCCCACUCAGAUCGAUUUUAAUGAGGAUGGAAGCAUAUGGGUUAGUGCUUUGCUACUGGCAAUCUUAUUUCUUGAUAGGGACAUCAUACGAGCACAUUCCACAAUGAAGGCAAUACCAGUGCUUGCCAAUUUGCUAAAGUCAGAGGAGACAGAAAAUAGAUACUUUGCUGCACAGGCCAUAGCCAGUCUUGUUUGUAACGGGAGCCGGGGAACUCUUCUUUCUGUUGCAAAUUCAGGGGCAGCUGCUGGGCUCAUUUCCUUGAUUGGUUGCGCUGAUGAUGAUAUACACGACCUUAUCCAAUUGUCCGAGGGGUUCUCAUUGUUGCGUAAUCCAGAUCAAGUAGCUCUUGAGAGAUUGUUUAGGGUUGAUGACAUUCGGACUGGGGCAACUUCUAGGAAAGCUAUACCUGCUCUGGUUGAUUUGCUGAAACCCAUUCCAGAUCGUCCCGGUGCACCUUUUAUUGCACUCGGACUCAUGAUCCAGUUGGCUAGAGAUUGCCCCUCAAAUCAGAUGGUUAUGGUUGAGUCAGGAGCUCUUGAAGCAUUGACUAAAUAUCUAUCUCUUGGCCUGCAAGAUUUGACAGAAGAAGCCGCUACUGAUUUAUUAGGCAUAUUAUUUACUAGUCCUGAAAUCCGGAGACAUGAAUCUUCAUUUGGAGCUGUUGGCCAACUUAUAGCAGUGUUACGCUUAGGUGGGAGAGGGGCAAGGUACAGUGCAGCCAAAGCCUUGGAAAACUUGUUCUCAGCAGAUCAUAUAAGAAAUGCUGAGUCUGCUAGGCAGGCUGUACAACCUCUCGUAGAGAUUCUAGAAACUGGUCUUGAGAGGGAGCAACACGCUGCUAUUGCUGCAUUGGUUCAGUUACUAAGUGAAAACCCAUCACGGGCUCUUACAGUGUCCGAGGUUGAGGUGAAUGCAGUUCAUGUUCUUUGCAAUAUUCUUUCAUCAAACAGUUGUUCAGUGGAGCUUAAAGGGGAUGCAGCUGAAUUAUGUUCCGUUCUUUUCGGGAAUACGAGAAUCAGAUCAACUGCUGCUGCAGCCCGAUGUGUGGAGCCUUUGGUUUCUUAUCUUGUUAGUGAAUUUAGUCCAGCUCAUCAUUCAGUUGUUCGUGCAUUAGGCAAACUUGUUGAUGAUGAGCAGCUUGGAGAACUGGUUGCUGCACAUGGGGCUGUCAUUCCACUUGUAGGCCUACUUUAUGGUCGGAACUUUUUGCUCCAUGAGGCAAUUUCUAGGGCACUUGUGAAGUUGGGGAAAGACAGGCCUUCUUGUAAGAUGGAAAUGGUGAAGGUUGGGGUAAUUGAGUGCAUACUUGAUAUCCUACACCACGAAGCACCAGAUUUCCUCUGUGCUGCAUUUGCUGAAUUGUUAAGGAUAUUGACAAAUAAUGCUACCAUUGCCAAGGGACCAUCCGCGGCUAAAGUGGUUAAACCUCUGUUUUCAUUAUUAAUGGCAAAUCCGGAGUUCGGGCCUGACGGGCAACAUAGUGCUUUGCAGGUCCUGAUUAACAUCUUGGAAUAUCCACAGUGUCGUGCUGAACACACCUUGACAUCUCAUCAAGCAGUUGAGCCUUUAAUUCCUUUACUUGAUUCUCCUGCUCCAGCUGUGCAGCAAUUGGCAGCGGAACUUCUCUCCCACCUUCUUCUGGACGAGCAUCUUCAGAAGGAUCCCGUAACCCUGCAAGUAAUUGGCCCUUUAGUGCGAGUGGUUGGUUCAGGGAUACCUAUUUUGCAGCAGAGAGGUAUGAAGGCUCUUGUUUGUCUCUCGCUUACCUGGCCAAAUGAAAUAGCUAAAGAAGGAGGUGUUGCUGAAAUCUCCAAAGUGCUACUAUAUGCUGAUCCUUCAGUUCCUCAGGCCUUGUGGGAGUCAGCUGCUUCGGUUCUAUCCAGUGUUCUGAAAUUUAGCUCUGAGUUUUAUCUAGAAGUGCCUGUAGCUGUUUUGGUGAGAUUGCUUCGCUCAGGCUCGGAAAACACUGUGCUUGGUGCACUAAAUGCUCUCCUUAUACUGGAGAGUGAUGACUCUACCAGUGCUCAGGCAAUGGCUGAAAGUGGGGCCAUUGAAGCUCUUUUAGAACUUCUCAGAUGCCAUCUCUGUGAGGAAACUGCUGCAAGACUGCUUGAGGUAUUGCUGAACAAUGUCAAGAUCAGGGAAACAAAAGCUACCAAGACAGCAAUACUGCCUUUGUCACAGUACCUCUUGGACCCACAAACCCAAGGUCAACAAGCAAGGUUGCUGGCGACUCUUGCUCUCGGUGAUCUAUUCCAAAACGAGGCUCUUGCUCGAACAACAGAUGCUGUUUCUGCCUGUCGAGCAUUGGUUAAUCUGCUUGAGGAUCAGCCUACUGAAGAGAUGAAAGUAGUAGCAAUAUGUGCCUUACAAAAUCUUGUCACUGACAGCCGGCCGAAUAAGAGGGCGGUGGCAGAGGCGGGUGGCGUCCAAGUUCUGCUUGAUCUGAUUGCUUCAAGUGAACCAGAGACAUCAGUGCAGGCAGCCAUGUUUGUUAAACUUCUCUUUUCCAACAAUACCAUUCAAGAGUAUGCUUCCAGUGAAACCGUCAGAGCUAUUACUGCUGCAAUUGAGAAAGAUUUGUGGGCAAGUGGAAUGGUAAAUGAAGAGUAUCUGAAGGCUCUGAAUGCGCUUUUUAGUAACUUCCCCCGUUUAAGAGCUACAGAACCUGCAACAUUGAGUAUUCCACAUCUGGUUACUUCUCUCAAGACCGGUUCAGAGGCAACUCAAGAAGCUGCAUUGGAUGCACUUUUUUAUCUUAGGCAAGCUUGGACAGCAUGCCCUCCUGAAGUCUCUCGGGCACAAUCAAUUGCUGCUGCUGAUGCUAUUCCGUUGUUGCAGUUCUUGAUCCAAUCAGGCCCUCCUAGGUUUCAGGAGAAGGCUGAAUUUUUGCUUCAGUGCUUGCCAGGGACUUUGGUGGUUAUAAUUAAGAGGGGAAAUAACAUGAAGCAGUCUGUGGGAAACCCUAGCGUGUACUGCAAGAUUACCCUUGGACAUACUCAACCUCAGCAAACUAAGAUCGUGUCAACGGGUCCUAGUCCUGAGUGGGAUGAGAGUUUUGUGUGGUCCUUUGAAAGUCCACCAAAAGGACAAAAGCUUCAUAUUUCAUGCAAGAACAAAAGCAAAAUGGGCAAGAGUUCAUUUGGGAAGGUAACGAUCCAGAUCGACCGUGUAGUAAUGCUAGGUUCAGUUGCAGGGGAGUACACUUUGUUGCCCGAAAGCAAAAGCGGAGCAUCAAGGACUUUGGAGAUUGAAUUCCAGUGGUCUAACAAAUCAGAACAAUAGAGAAAGAAACAUUAUAUGAUUUCUGUUUGCAGUUUCAAGUUUCAACUGCCUUUUUCUGGAUUUUUUGUCAUAUUUUUUAUUUAUGGUUUGUUGAUAGAUUAAAUGUAAAUAGCUUCUGGCAGAGGUUUACAGGGGUUUUAGUUAGUUUUCUUUGAGUCUUGAAACCGGCUAAUUAGUUCAGUGAAUCAGUGUAUUCUUAAUUUCUUUUCCGGUUUUCCCUGUAAUUGUACCGUGUACCGUGUGUAUAUGAGUGAUUAAUUGGGUCACAUUCAUCCUUUAAUCUGUAUAAUUUCUUUUGUAUUCAUAUUUGGUUUACUGUCAUUUUUUAGUUCUACCUAAUUAUAUUUCCUUGUUUAGAC